CGAGUCCUGUAGGCUGCGGCCGGCCUGCGGCUGCCUGCUGCCGGUUGCAGUUGCAGCCAGUGCCCAGUGGCCCGUUCCGUCCCCGCUGUCCGCUGAGCGCUAAGGUCUGACUCGAAGGCGCCACUGCGCCAGCGCCGCGCGCGUGUAUAAAUACCUGCGUCUCUGCCCCGCACGGUCUCCACCUCCCGCUACCGGCUGGCGCCACCCCCAUACUAUACUCCCCGUCGACCCCCGACCGCCUCGAUCGUCUCCUCCUCAACUGCAGUGCAGCCCUGCAGGUCAGCGGGCGCCCGAGCUCUGCGGUGGCGAUGGACUACUCGGGCACCAAGGAGGGGGUUUGGUGGUCGAGGGAGACGGUGGCCGUGGUGACCGGCGCGAACCGUGGCAUCGGCCACGCGCUCGCCGCGCGCCUGGCCGAGCACGGCCUCACCGUGGUGCUCACCGCGCGUGACGGCGAGCGCGGCGAGGCCGCCGCCGCGCCGCUCCUCGCGCGCGGGCUCGCCGUCGUCUUCCGCAGGCUCGACGUCUCCGACCCCGCCUCCGUCUCCGAGUUCGCCGCCUGGAUCCGCGACGCCGUCGGCGGCCUCGACAUCCUGGUGAACAACGCAGCCGUUUCGUUUAACGAGAUCGACACCAACUCGGUGGAGCACGCCGAGACUGUCCUCAGGACCAACUUCUACGGGGCCAAGAUGCUCACCGAAGCGCUCCUGCCACUGUUCCGGCAGUCGUCGGCGACCAGCAGGAUCCUCAACAUCAGCUCGCAGCUUGGCCUUCUCAACAAGGUGAGCGACCCGUCGCUGAAGGCGCUGCUCCUGGACGAGGACCGGCUGACGGAGGCCGGGAUCGAGGCGAUGGUGUCGCGGUUCCUGGCGCAGGUGAAGGACGGGACGUGGGGCGAGCAGGGGUGGCCCAAGGUGUGGACGGACUACUCGGUCUCCAAGCUGGCCCUGAACGCCUACUCCCGGCUGCUGGCGCGGCGCCUGAAGGCGCGCGGCGCGCGCGUGAGCAUCAACUGCUUCUGCCCCGGGUUCACGCGCACCGACAUGACCAAGGGCUGGGGGAAGCGCACCGCCGAGGAGGUGGCCGACGUCGGCGCGCGGCUCGCGCUGAUGCCGCCCGCCGAGCUCCCCACGGGGACUUUCUUCAAGUGGUGCACGCCGCAGCUCUACUCCAAGCUGUGACUGGCUGGCUGGUAGCUACGUCGUCGUCGCCACCGCUCGUCGAUCGGCCGGACGGGCGCCCCGUGACGGCUGGAGUAUGUAGCAUUUCGUUUCGGUGUAGCUGCUCCUACUCCUGCUGACUACUAGUACGUACGUGUCAACGUGUGCAGUGAAUCAAGUCAGAAUCGGGAGUGUCGAACUGUCGACCUGCCAAGGUGCUCUGGUUGAACACAGCUAGCUCGUUUGCGACUCUCAGCAAUGUACUAUGUGCUUGUCUAAGAUUUAGGUCAACUUCCGAGCACUGGUUCAAUGGCUGGUUUGCCUCUGCUUGUCUCUUACCGUACUGUUCCUUCCAAA